AUGGCAUUUUCCAAGCUGGCAGUGCGGAGGGAAGAUAAAGAGAGGAUCGACGAACUGUACACUCAAAGCGGGAUCAAUGUUCUUCUUAGCGAUCUCCUUCCGGUUAACAGGCCGGUUCCCGACUCGCGACCUUUAGGUUGCUCGAGUCUCUCCUACCCGACAGAUCUGCCGACGAUAAGCGUGGUGAUACCGUUUCACAACGAGUGGCCGUCGGUGAUCUUACGUACAGUAUACAGCCUGGUGAACCGGUCACCUCCGCAUCUGCUCAAGCAAAUAAUACUCAUCGAUGACAACAGCAAUCUACGUGACCUACAAGCUCAUUUUCAAGAGGAUCUUGAGAAGCAUUUCCCGGGAAAUCUCGUCACGCUUCGGCGACUGCACGUGAGGUCUGGUCUCGUGCGCGCGCGACUCGUGGGAUUCAAACUGGUAACGUCAGAUACGGUGACGUUCUUUGAUAGCCACAUGGAGGUCAACGAGGGAUGGUUGCCCCCCCUACUGGCGGAAAUCCGUAAGGACCGGAAAACUGUUGCAAUGACGCAGUUGGACUAUAUUAAAAGGGAUUCGCUGGCGUAUGAAUAUACCAACGGCUACAAGACCCGCUAUGGCUUCGACUGGACGAUGACAUUCUUCGAGACCUACUUUCGAGCUGAUCAUCUGCGAGGCAAGACCGAGGCCGACACACUUCCGGGCGUGGUGAUGGUAGGCCCAGGGGCGGUGAUAGAUGUCCAGUACUUCAAGGAGAUCGGGGCCUAUGACCCGGACAUGAUGAUCUGGGGAGGAGAGAACCUCGAGUUGCCAUGGAGGGUGUGGUUAUGCGGCGGUCGCAUGCUGCACGUGCCAUGCUCCCGAGUGGGCCACAUCGCACGCACCCAGCCGUACCAUUUCCCACAAGGGAGGCAGGCGACGGAGAACAAAAACUACAAGCGUGCAGUCGAAGUCUGGAUGGACGGGUACAAGGAGUACGUGUAUGAGGCUAACCCGGAGAUCAAGAUCGCGGACGCCGGCGACCUGACUGAGCGGCUGGCGCUGAAGGCGAGGCUGCAGUGCCGUCCCUUUCGGUGGUUCCUGGACAACGUGUGGCCGGAACUGCUUGUCUACAAGGAGUAUACCACUGCAUGGGGAUACGUAGAGAACGUGGCAGACGACCAGCAUCGUUGUCUUGACAACAACGGGUACCUGUUUUCCGUUGCCGAAUCCGUGGUGGCCAAACCAUGUGUACACAAACUACCAUCACCAGAUGAGGCAACGCGUGAAACCGCCACGAAACAGACGUUCGCGCUUACACGUGACAGGCGAUUCCGGUCGCUGCUGCAGUGUAUUGUGGUCAAGGGUUCGGUCUCCGUUGACAAUAUGGCCACCAUGGUCGGUUGCUAUGAAGGCGACAAGGAAACCUGGACACACGACGGGCCCGGACUGUUAAAACACGAUUUAACGGGUCUUUGCUUAGAGACAAUUCAAGAAGGUGGUCUGCGCAUGUCCAAAUGUGACGUCACAAGCCAUCGACAACACUGGACGUUCCACGUGUAUAAUUCAGCUGGAAACCAAAAGGCUGUCCCAGGCAGCAAACACACACUUUGA